GAAAGGUGCAAUCUUUGAUCGCCAAAGUUCCAGAAGGCAAGUGGCUGAAGUUGUCGAGCAGUGCUGCCAUCGAAGAGUGGCCCCACUUCGUGGCGGACGCAAACGAGCCAAUCAGCCACGACGAGGUGUUUUGUGCCAGUGUCGCCCGAGUGAUGUCCGAACAGAUGGGCUCCGCAGCGCCGUCGGACUUCGCGGACCCGCAGAUGCGCACUUUCAUCAUCGAAGGUAUCCGCGCAAACACCACACCGUUCCAAGACGACCCUGAAGGAUCGGAGUGGAAAGAUGUGCGACUCACCCCUGCGCACAUCACGGCUGCUCUUAAAGUGCAAGCUCGGGCAGCACGGUCUCAGAGCAACGGCUCGGCUGGCAGCGUUGAGCCUGGCACCGGGACCUCGCCAGAGCACCUGGCGAAGGCGAUCGAGGCGCUUGCAAAGGCAACGCAAGAGCGAGACCAGCCCAAGAAGGAAUACUUGUCUUUCAACCUGAAACAGCGCCUGGACGAGCUCGGUUUCGGGAAUCUCUCUAAAGAUAUGAUGCUCUCGGAGGAGGCUAUGAUUCGGUUGGAGAAAGCCAGCAAGAUCGACGUGACCGUCGGCGACGGCAGCUUCGAGGAAAAGCUGCGCAGCGCGGUGGAGGCGAAGAAAACGAGGAGCUUGGAGGACAGGACCACUUUUGUGGGAUUCGCUACGUUCUAUGGACAUAUCCUGGACUGGGGCGUGAAGAUGGUCCUCGCGAAGGCCAUCACCUCCACGCAGUUGCUCGCGUGCCAGAUCGUACUCACCCGGGUGGCAGAAGAAUGCGGCGGCUUCAGG